GGCUCGCGCGCAGCUCGGGAUGAGAACCGGCGGUGUCUGUCUUGUCAUCAAGAGUUUUGCAUGGGGAUUUCCAUAAACACACUCACACGGCAGAAAUGGCCUCCAAACCCUCCAUUAUUCCACUGCUUCUCCAAGAAGACGAGCUGAUGUGCCCAAUCUGCCGGGCGCUAAUCAGGAACCCUGUGACUACGCCAUGUGGGCACAGCUUCUGCAUGCCCUGCAUCCAGCAGCACUGGGCCAGAAGCUCUUUGCCCUGGUUUUGCCCGCACUGCCGGAGGAGCUUCAUCUGUAAACCUGUCCUCCAGCCCAGCACUGUUCUCUGCUCUAUCAUGGAGAACGUGGCGAAGGUGUGGGCAGAACCCGAACCCUGCACAGAACCCGCACCUGGCAUCACAUGCGACGUCUGCGAGGACGGGCGCCAACUGCCUGCAGAUAAAACCUGCGUUACCUGCCUGGCCAGCUUCUGCAGGGUUCACCUGAUGCCACAUACAGGAAGCCGGGCUCUGAAGAAGCACUGCCUGUGUGCACCAGUCUCGAACCUGAAGGAGCUGCAGUGUGAGAAGCAUGGCAGGGCACUCGAGCUGUUCUGCAGGGGGCACAGGGUGCCAGUCUGUUGGCAGUGCAUGCCCAAGCAUCGCAGGUGCAGUGUGAGGGCAGUGGAGGAGAUCAGGAGAGAGUGGAAGGCCUCAAUCGAUCCGGUUGCCAAUGAAGCUAAGGACAGAGCGGACGCCACUGACAGAGCCCUGGAAUCAUUAGAUACCCUAUCUGAGGGUGUAGUGGCCUCUGCAGAGAAGAUGAAGGAGGAUGUGGAGCUCUGUUUCGAGGCUCUGAGGGAAACUAUUGGACGGGUUCAGGACAAAGUUCUAACCUUUAUAGAUGCAGAGAGGACGUGUGUCCUCCAACGAAUACAGGAGCACCAAAAAAUACUGAACAGUCACCUGCUGGCAGUUUCCGAAACAGUGAACCAGUUAAAUAAAUGCAGAACCAACGACUCGUAUUUCAACUUCUCUCAGCCCCUGCCACUGGUUCCUCCAGAGAUCAGUCCACUACAGGAAGCUGAUGUUCAGAUGGAUGGGCGUGCUGUGGAACGGAUCAUCCUGGACCUCCAACAGAUCCAAAAUCAUCUAGAAUUGAAUCAUCUAGAAUCUCAGCUUUGUUCCAACCUGAAGAAACACGCAACAAACACACUGCAGGACAAAGAUUCCUGUGGCGUUUCCUUUGAUCCAACUACCGCUAGUGCCUCGGUGCUGCUAUCCGACGACAGCUCUUCUCUCACAGUGGAGCACAGUGGGCUUCUAGCCUGGAAAGACCACCAGGUGAACCUGGAGCUGAACUUCAGGGUGCUGUGCUCUCAGAAUUUCACUAGGGGGCAGCAUUACUGGGAAGUUAUGCCACCCAGGGACCUAAGAAGAAACUGGGCCGUGGGAGUUACGUAUAAAAAUUGUCAAGAUUGCUACCAGGGUUCGGGCCAAGAUCAGAGAUCCUGGUACGUUAUUUGGCGGAAUGCCGGGAAAAAAACUUCAGAUAAUUGCGAAAAAAAUGAGAAUACAGACACAUGCAAGGGAGCGGAGGAUGCCAUACUUAAACGAACACUAAGAAAGACCAGAGAAGACAAUGUGCUCCAUGCUGCUGAGUAUGGUGGCGAUGCUCCAAAACGUACGAAAGAAAAAGUCGUAAAAGACAAAGUCCAGGGUCAUGUGACAGCCACACGAAAAAAAGAAAACAACAAGGUCAUCACCGGGUUUUUCGCCUCGCACAACCAGAACACGCACCUGAUCUCCAAGAGUCCUCCAGGUAAGAUAGGUGUGCACCUGGACUGUGAUCGGGGCUGGUUGAGCUUUUUCACCGUGUCCGGCUCCAGGGUUCGGCUCUGCUACAGGUUUCAGACUCUGAGUUCUAAACCACUGCGUCCUGCUGUCUGGCUCAGAGACCCGGAGGAGACAACGGCCAUCAGCACCAGAGGAGCUUCUGACUCUGAGGAGCAAAUGGGAAGUUGAAUUUAACUCUGUGGGGAGUUGAAUUUGAACUCUGUGGGGAUUUUAAUUUUCACUCUGUGGAGAGUUGAUUUUAAACUCUGUGGGGAAUUGAAUUUUAAAUCUGGGAAGUUGAAUUUGAACUCUAUGGGGAAUUGAAUUUUAAACCUGGGAAGUUGAAUUUGAACUUUGCAAAACUUCUGCUCUAUUUAAUUAUAAAUAUUUAUCUUUAUCUCUGUUGUAUGUGUUAAUAUUACUGUGUUGUCGUAAAUGAACCACUAGGUGGUGCUAAAGCCACUCCUACAGCCAUAGGCAGUGCAGAACGAACAGCUGUGAUGCUGCUGCCUGUCAACCCCAUUUUCCUUAUGAUAAAAUGUUUUUUCCUUAAACAUACUUCAAUAAAUCAAUAAAAAAACUUAAUUAUGUAUUUUUUUUUCCACAGACUAUAAUAAAGAAUUGUUUUUUAAUUAUUUUUGCCCCUCACAAUCAGAAUUUCAGGGGAAAAAAUGCACAUUUUAACAAAAAUCAGAUAAAUGUAAAAUACAAGAUGCAAAAAUAAAAUACAUUAUAUAUAUAUAUGGUCAAAAUAAAAACCUUAAACUAAACAUUGGUUUAAUACUAAAGUUGUAUAAACUGUGAAGAAAAACAUAUGGAAUUAUUUUAUAAACAAAAAGUGUUAAACAAACCAGAAUGUGUUUUAUAUUUUACAUUCUACAAAAAGUAUCUCCUCUUGCUGAUAUGAUCAGUUUUGCAUAUCUCUGCUGAAUUUUUCACCUGGAAUUCAGUCUUUCAGUUAACAGCUGUGCUGAACUCAUCAAGAGUUAAUUACUUGAAUCUCUUGUCUCUUAAUGUAAAGUUUGAGAGCAUCAGUUAAAGUAAAGUAGUGAAGAAGUAGAGUUACAGGUAUACAGUGAAUAGCUCUAUUCUAUUGAGUAAUGUUCUAAUGUUAUAUACACUCUGGACAAAAAAAAUGAAGAGACCACUUCAGUUUCUGAAUCAGUUUCUCUGAUUUUGCUAUUUAUAGGUUUAUGUUUGAGUAAAAUGAACAUUGUUGUUUUAUUCUAUAAACUACAGACAACAUUUCUCCCAAAUUCCUAAAAAGAAUAUUGUCAAUUAGAUCAUUUAUUUUAUAUAAAAAAAUAAUGCAAAGAAAACAAGUUCAUGGUUAUUAAGUUUUAAGAGUUCACAAAUAAUCAAUAUUUGGUGGAAUAACCCUGGUGGUUUUUAAUCACAGUUUUUUUUUCAUGCAUCUUGGCAUCAUGUUCUCCUCCACCAGUCUUACACACUGCUUUUGGAUAACUUUAUGC